CUGACGAGUUUUCGUUCACCCUAAACGCCACGAAAGGCCACCGAAUCGCCUCCUCCCUCUAGAGGUACUGCCCGCUUGCCGCGCCGGCUCCGGCUCCGGCGCCGAGUUCCCCUCACGUCCAAAUCUCUAGUCCUGCUCGCCGCCUCUUUUUGACCCAACGCGGCAAGACGAGGUGAGGGAUCCGCCGGCCAUCCGCCCGGCACAGGGGCAGUCUGCGCGUUGGUCAGGGGAGAUUCUCCGAUUCACCGUCGCUAUCGAAUCGCGCCACCCCCGAGAUAUCUGGUAAGAAAUUGGGUUUCAUCAUGGAGCAGGAUGCCCUGCUGGCUUCUUCCCAGCAAGCGAAGCUACCCUUGGCUCUGUUUAUUUUUGAAAGCAACAAGAAGAAGCAGCUCCUGUUUGACCCCUCCACCAAGAAGAUCCGUGGCAUAAUCAGCGUGGCGUUCGCAGAUGCCACCUGCGUGUUCGAAAAUGGCGGGUGGCUGCUCAUGCUCCAGCACAAGCAACAUGGUUUCCAGGAGCAGCAAGAGCAGACCAUCUUCCUUGUGCAUGCCAGCACCGGCAGGCGGCUGGAGCUGCCGGCGUGCCCUUCUGUCAUUGACGGGCUCUUCGUUUUCUACGUCGGCUCCAGUGAGGUGCCUCUGGUUGUCGUGUGCAUUGAGACCAUCUCCGGGGUCCCAACCGUCCAUGUUGCCUGCCCUGGGGACAUAUACUGGAGCGUCUACAAGAACAUUGAGGAUGGCUCCCACCUACCGCUGGAUCCACACAGACGCAUCAAGUGCACCCUCAUUAUCGAUGCCGUCUUGCUCGGGAAGCAGGCCGUCUGCGUCGACUACCAUGGGAAGAUCCUGAUCUUCGACGUCACGGAGAUGAGCUGGAGGAGGACCGCUCUUUCAAAGGGGUGGAACGAAAGGGAUGCUCACUUCCUUGUGGCAUCCAGUGAAGAAGUUGUGCUCAUCUCGUGCCGUCGCUUUCGUGGACGGUUCUGCGACUUCAAAUUCUUCAAGCUGGAUGCUGAAGCACUGGAGUGGUCACCUCUAGAUGACACGGAGCUUGAUGGUUGCAGCUGGUUUCUGUACAGAGGUCGCUCCAUCCUUGCGAGGGAGGAAGGCAAGAGGAAAGUCUACACCUUCUAUCCAAGCCAGUGGGGUGGCUCGACACCGAUCGACGCCGACAGCUCGAGGAAGAGGAAGGUAGCCCAUAUGAAGUCAUUGUCUUCCAGAGAGAAGUCGGUUACGAAUAUAUUCAUGCAUGAUUUAGAAGACGGCGUCGUCAGGACGGUUCUCCCGGCUUCAAUUGUGACUGAGGAACGGCAUUGGCUCCGGUCUAGUGUCUUUGGUGGACCAUUUCAGUAAUCGUAUGUAAUAAAAUAUGUUGUCUCAAGUUACAUUACUAAACUUGAGUACCAACACAAACUUGCAAAUAGGAAGAUUUUAUUGUUUUGCUUUGGAAAAGCAGGUUCAACAACAUUGAUUGA